GGAUUUUUAUCAGACCGUCCUCAUACCCUUGAAACCUGCGUAGAUCAUGGCGCCCAACGGACUUAUUCCCAAUGGAACUGCAGAGGCUCCGAUAGAGGUCCCCGCAGUGCCCUCUAUUGUUGGCAUCAAUUUUGGUAAUUCAUAUGCAUCUAUCGCAGUCUUAACCAAGGAAGGUCUUUCUGAGUGUAUAGCCAACGAGGAUGGUGAACGCCAGAUCGCUUGUGCCAUCGCGUUUCAUGGAGAGGAGAUGUAUAUCGGAAACCAAGCAAGGCACCAGCUAGUCAAAAACUCUCAAAAUACUAUCACUGGAUUCCGCAACCUUCUGGGCAAAAAGUUCUCCGAAGUACCACAGGCAGCUUUAUCUGUCUCUGCGCCUGUCAUACAACACCCUUCCAUAUCCGACACGCCAGCUUACAAGGUUAAGGUCCUGCAACCUGCACCUUCACCUCUUAUAACUACCGCUACCCAUACACCUGCGGCAUCACAAGUUGCCACCCCACGCUCAGAGCCCAUCGAGGUUGAGCGUAUCCUAACUGUGUCCGAAGUGGCCACGAUAUUCCUCGGUUCGCUAGUGCAAUCUGCAGAGGACUUCCUUGGGAAAAAAGUACUCGGUGCCGUAAUCAGCAUACCCUCGUGGUUCAAUGACACCCAGAGAGAGGCGGUGAUAAAAGCUGCAGAAGAUGCUGGAAUUCACGUUCUUCAGUUACUUGAUGAUGCAGGUGCCGUUGCCGUGUGCGAUGCUGCAGGAUCAGACGAGGUCCCCUCCGACCGAACGCAGCUCAUCGUCGAUCUUGGCGCAUCAUCCCUCGAACUGUCUCUCCUUUCUAUCCGCGAGGGCCUCGCGUACUCACUCGCAUCUCUCACUGACUCGUCUGUCGGUGGAGAUGAGAUCGAUUCCAAGUUGAUCAGAUUCUUUGCAAAAGAAUUCACCAAAAAAACCAAAACACCAUUGGCUGUCGCACCAGCUUCAGAUCCCCUUGAUAAGCGGGCUGAAGCCAAACUCAGACUCGCAGUUGAGCACACAAAGCGUACGCUUAGCGCAAGCCCUGGCGCCGCUACAUGCUCGGUGGAGUCGCUCAAAGAUGGUCUCGAUUACACCGGCUCCAUCAACCGACUCCGAUUUGACAUGGAGGUGCGCUCGGUGUACAACAAGGUCUACACAAAGGUGAAGGAGCUUGUCGCGAGUGCGGGAAUGGAUCUAUAUGACGUCGACGAGAUCGUGUAUAUCGGCGGUUGCGCAUGCUUGCCGGGCCUGGAUGCGACCUUAGUUGAAGGUUUCACCGAAAACGUCAUCACGCCCUUCAAGGCUGGCACGGUCGCUGGCGGUGGCACUGGUGACCCAACCACUAUUCUGGCACGUGGCUGUGCCCUCCAAGCGCAACUACUUGUCAACCUUGCCGGAGAAACAGAGGAGGUUCGCCAGGCAUUCAUCAAGGGUAAUGGGACUAGCAGCGUCAGCGCUACGAGCCGCACUAUCGGCCUUUUGGUCCCUCAGGUAUCUGCAGAAGAGGGCAGCAUGGGUGGAGUGUGGGUUCCUCUCAUUUUGAAGGAGACACCCUUGCCAUGCAGGCGCACUAUCAUUGCGGAGGUGAAUGUCAGUGGGUCUGGAGAUCAAGUUGGUUUCGAGCUCUGGGAAGUGAGCGAGGGAGUGAGGAUCGAUCACGUCAAGCCUCCAAAGAUCGAAGAUGAUGAAGACGAGGACGAGGAGGAAGAAUUAGAAGAGGUUAAAGAGAAGACCAUCUCAAAAGAAGCUUUCUUGGCUUCAUUGUCACUUUCGCCUUCCAACAUUUCCAAAGGCAAGACGAAGGUUCAGGUGCAGGCAAUCAUUGGCGGCAAUGGUGCUGUAGAUCUCAGCAUACGGGAGGUAACGAAGAAUGGAAUGGGAGAACCUGUGACGGUGACAGUUGGAUCUUCAUAAUGGUACGUCUUGUGAGAUUGCUGCGCCAAGGCAUAUGGACGUAUGCAUUUCACCAGGCAGGUGUAGACAGACUUUUCUACUGGAUCUCACCGAUAUCCUCGUUCCAUUCCUGCAUAUAGAUCAAUCAUCGUACACAUAAUAGAACAUUGUGACAACAC